GAUAACCCUUAUUACAAUUUAUCGGAACUUGUUUUAUUCAACUUGUCUCCCAAGAUGAGUAGAAAUAAAGUGAACAGAACAAGGUCUUACUUACACUUCGAUGAAAAAUAAGGUAGUGCUCUAAUGUAUUGGCAAUACCAAUAUGGGCAAUGUAGUAUUUCAUUGACCAAUUAAGUUAAUACUACAUCCGUUUCAUAUUGUUAUGUGCAACAUUUACUAAUGUUUUCUUUUCUUUGUAAGUUGUCAUUUCACUCUAUCUCUCUCAUCAUCACAUGUAUCUCAAUCUUUUCCCUCUCCAUUUAACACUCACUUACAAAUUUUGCGUAGGAGUCCAUGCAAAAUCAUUUGUUGCAAAUAAUUUGAAACAAAGAAUGCUCCUCAACUGAAGCUAUGUCCCGAGGAAUCUGUGUCAAAAUUGCUAGACAGAAGAUGGGCAUUAGAAAAUCCAGAUACCAAACUUCACCUGAUCACAAUUUCAAUGAAGGAAACACCAGCAAAGGGUGGGGUUUUUUGGAAUGUGAACUUUUCAAUGGAUGCAAAUCCUAAAUUGGGUGAUGCUAUGAUGGAUGAAAGAUGCAAAGAUCCUUCGUUUUACGUCAUAAGAGAUGACCUUUUACACCCGUUUGUCAAUGGAAACAAAGCAAGGAAACUAGAUGCGUUACUUCCUAUGAUUGAAGAUUGCUCAGGCACUGAUGUGGUUACCUGUGGAGGUUGUCAAAGUGCACAUGCAGCUGCUGUGGCUGUAUCAUGUGCAGAAAGAGGUCUAAGGUCACAUUUGCUUCUUCGAGGAGAAGAGCCAGAGAUUUUGACUGGAUUCAACCUAAUAUCAUCUAUAUACGGAAAUGUAAUAUAUGUGCCGAGAUCCCUGUAUGCCAGGAGAGAAGAAAUGCUUCUUAGGCAUGCAAAUGUUAUUGCAGGUCCCAGUGGUUCUGUGGUGUGGCUCACUGAUAUUCUUGAUAAUUUCAUUGAAUUAGCAAGUGGAAAGUACUGCACGCAAACAAAGGCAAAUAGAAAUACUGAGGAUGGCAUGAGGAAAGUUGUAAUUGUUAAGGAGGGUGCAGGGGAUGCUGUGGCAUUGCUAGGGAUCAUUCGCCUACUGAGGUACUUGUCCCAAAGCCAUAUACUAGGGGAAAAGAGGCCAUAUAACUUUAUGAUUGAUGCGGGUACUGGAACAACAGCAAUUGGUUUUGCCCUUGGAGCCUUAAUUCUUGGGCUGCCGUGGAAGGUAACUGCUGUAAUGCUGGCUGAUUCCUAUGAUGGAUACAAGAAUCAGGAGAAUCGUCUGAUUUCAGAUUUUAAAAGAUAUGCACCAGCCGAUCUUAGGAAUUAUGAGUUGAAGGAUGACCUUGUUCAGUGGGUCAAUCGUGACACUCCGAGAAAAUUUGGCAAUGUCCUGGAGGGAGAAAUAAAGGCAUGUCAACAAGUAGCUAAUCAAACAGGGGUACCUAUUGAUCCAAUAUACACAUUGGCAGCAUGGGAGCUAGCUGUUCAGUUAAGCCAGAAGCAACCAGACAAAGAAGAAAAGGUGGUGAUGCUGCAUACAGGGGGCACCCUUGGCAUGUUUGGACUAGCACAAAGAUAUAAAUCCUACUUUAGUACGCUGAAAGACGGGCCGCCCCAAUAAUUCUCUCGGCAUGAUACUUGCUAGAUGCUCGUAGAAUGACACGACAGUGCGACACUCUACUCUACCUGUGUUUGUUCAUCUAUGUGCUGCCUGUAUGUACAUUGUUUUAUGCAUAUAUAUAUCAAACACUCAGAAAAAAGGAUCUUCAUUGACAAUUUGACAGUCAUUCACUUUAAGAAUGACACUUCAAUUAUGACCUGAAUUGAUUUCAAAUUUUGCCAAGCAAAAUACAGGUUUUUCUGUAUAAUGUAGUCCCCAGGUUGAAGUUUGAAUGGUCAGAGAUCUGCAUGACAAUUUUUUUUUUUAGAGGGGGAAUCUAUUUCACUAUUUCAGCACCUCUAUCUUGUUCCCGUUUCAACACCUCUACCUUGUUCCGAGGGAAUGUAUUUUACUAUUUCAGCACCUCUAUAUCUAAAUAGUUAGAGC